CACAAGUCAUCCGCGAACCAUUGUCCGGUGUAGACACACGGCGUGCUUUCUGUGGGCCCGGUUCGCGCUAGCGUCUAAACAAAGUUAAACACCGGCCGUCGUCCGUUGGGUGAGGGAGUUUUUUCGGGCGUUUGAAGUGGUUAAUGUGUUACGUUCCGAAUGAUCGGAAGUGAAAUGUGAGCGUCUUCUGUGUGGUGUGGAUUUUAUUUUCGCGUCUCAAUGUUGGUUUUUUGGUUAUGCGUCCUGCAUCGAGCAAAGCAGAGCUUCCCGGGAGCUGAACAGUGUGUUUGGUGUGAUUUCAGUGAACUGUGAACUUGUGCAUUUCUUUUCUAUAUGUGAUGUAGAGUGAAAUUUUGCGUACAAUAGCCCUUGCCACAGUUAUCUAACCGCAUUGGGUGUGUGUGUUGUGAAUAGAAAAUUGAAAAAUAAUUGACGAUCGCAUUAAAAAGCAAUUAAACGGCCGCCUGUGCAUGUAAACGACCGUGUAAAAGAUGUCGACCAAAAUCAGCAACGGCAGCAGCGGAGGUGGGAUCAACACUGCACCCAACACGACCUCAAUCGCUACUACCAACAAUAACAACAACAACAACAACGACUCGCCGGAUGUACAGGUCACCGUUAAGGAUCUUCCUAUCUCGUUUAAGGUAAAAUAUCUCGGAAGUCAACCCGCCACAGGACUUUGGGGAAUCAAACACACGAGGCUACCAGUAGAUCAUUUAGUCAGCGUUGCCAAAAACUUACCACCAAAUCGGAUUCUUCCCUUCUGUAACCUUACCGUCUCGCUGGACGGUGUUAAGAUCGAGUCCAUCACCUCCAAACUGACAUCGGUAUCGAACUUCACGAUCGAUACGAUCUCGUACGGCGUGCAGGAUCUCGUCUACACGCGAGUAUUUGCAAUGAUCGUCGUCAAAGAGAACUACAACCUAAAGGAGAAAAAUCCAUUCGAUGUGCACGCAUUCGUGUGUGACAGUAGAGCAAUGGCACGGAAGCUUACAUUCGCCCUAGCUGCCUCCUUUCAGGAUUACUCCAAGCGGGUGAAGGAAGCGGAAGAAAAGAACGGUGGCAGUGGGUGCGAUACGGAGAAAUCACUGCGAAAGAAGUUUGCCAUCGAUCUGCGGACGCCGGAAGAGAUGCAGCAGGACAUUACGGAGCAGGAGACGGAAGCGUGAUUGAAAGUGGAAGUGGUUCCACACAGCAACAACAACAACAACAACCAACAGAACAUUCACACGGGACCAACCUGAGUGCAAAUCCUAGUCCUAGUAUGCUAACCUGAACCGCUGAAACCUGAAACCGCGUACCAACAGAACGCACGCACUGUACCAAAAUGUUUAAUUUGUGUUUGCCUUUUUGUGUUUGCUUUUCGUAGCGCGUGUUUUUUUCCAUUGUUCGUACCGCUUGCAUGAUUUUAUACUAGUUGUAUAAUUUUAAAACUGAAACAAUCACACGAACCAGGCUUCCUAAAUCGAUCGUAGUUUGUCGAUAGUAGGUACGGUGCGAUCUGCGCAAUUUCAGUAACGGAUGCGCAGAAAUCUUAGAGGUUAUAGAAUGAAAGAAACAUACGUUGAAUAGAUUGAUAAGUAAUAUGAGGAAGGCUGGCAGGCUGCCCUCCUUAAGCUAACAGAGGCGAGUGAUUUUAUUUCAAUAAACAUUUGUGAGUGCA